AUGGCGGACGAUCCGAAACCAAUCAUUGUCCUCUCAGAUGAUGUUGUCAACAAAAUCGCGGCAGGAGAAGUGGUGGUACGACCAAUGAAUGCCGUUAAAGAGAUGAUGGAAAACUCUUUGGAUGCCGGAGCCACUGAAAUUACAAUAACUAUUAAGAAUGGCGGAUUGGAUUUGAUUAAAGUAAAGGAUAAUGGAAAGGGGAUCAGACAAGAGGAUUACGAGAAUGUCUGCGAGAGAUUCGCUACUUCGAAACUGGAAACAAUCGGAGAUCUCCAAAGAAUGGCGACCUUCGGCUUCAGAGGAGAAGCCUUGGCCUCACUCUCUUGUAUGGCCAAGGUUGUAGUCACUUCUAAAACAAGACAAAGUGCUCAUGCUUGGACCUGCACAUACGAGAGUAAAGCUUUAUAUUAUGAGUGAAUUGGAUUCCUGCUUACUUUUUUCAGACUGUAAACCGACUACUGCCUGUACUCCUUCAGCUGGUCUUCAGGGAACUCAGAUCAUAGUGGAUAAAUUAUUUUCUGCUUAUCCCCAUCGAAGAGCCACGUUCAAACAUCCUCAUGAUGAAGCAGUUCAGAUUAUUAGUCUUGUGUCCAAAUAUUCUGCUAAUUUCCCGUGAGAACUACUGCUCCUGUUACAGUAUACCCAUUUAGUGAUGUGGCCUUUUCGGUUGUCCGUCAUGAUGGAAAAGGGUCCUUUAGAUCUCUCGGAAAUGGAGAUCGACAUGCUGUAAUCAAGAUGUGCAAUCCUACUGUAACCAGAGAUCUGUUCGACUUUACAGUGAAAGAUGAGAACUUGCAAUUUGAGGCUGAUAUCUGCAUGGCCCAUCCGUUAUCUGCAUUCACUUCCAAGGCUGUGGCUGCCCGUCAACAAAAACAGCGCCUCUUCCAGAUAUUCAUCAACAACAGGUCUGUCAGUUGUAAUAAACUGAAGAGUGCACUUGAUCUGACCUUUUCAUCCAAAGAUUCUUAUUGUGCUUUUAUUCAUGUGUCCAUGAGGGUAAGGAUUAAAUGAUCAACUACAGUAUCUUGUAGAUAAACCCGGCUAGAAUGGAUGUAAAUGUACAUCCGACGAAGGAGUAUGUAUAUUUUCUCGAUGAGACAGAGAUUAUUGAGACGAUUCAAAAGGUAAUAGAAAGCAUUGCGUAUAAUAUAAAUUUUAUUUUUUUUAGAAAUUAUUGGAGGUGUUGGAAAAUUUUAGUCAUCGCGGAGUAAUCGAGAUGAGCAAACCCAAUAAAACUCUUGACAUGUAAGUUUAAAGAAAUGUAUGGUGAUGGUAAACUUAUAGUACUAACAACAAAAUUCAACCAAAAAUUACGAGUUUUUGUCAGGAUACUGGAGUUGCAAGCACAGUUACUGGCACCUCGCAAGGAACAAAACGGCGAGCUGAUGGGGAACCCGUAAAUAAGCAAUCUGACUACUUCAAGAAGAAGAUCGCUCCUAAAUUGGUAUGGAUAAUUCGUAAAAAAAAUAUUUAUAGAUGGUUCGAGUUGAUGCCAGGAAUCGGACGCUUGAUGAAUUCUUCGGGGAGAGUGAUAAUACAGCUGGAAAUGUCACCUUUACGGGGAGAAAUAAUCGAGUUGAUGAAGAUAAUAAAGUCAUCACUGAGGAGGAGAUGGUAUGUAAACUUAAUUGAAGGGAGAAAGUUGUUACAGGAAAGAUCGUCACAACGUCAGAAAAUGUGCGUUGAGAUCCAAGGGAUUCUCAGGAAAAGAAUCUCGGAAUCUUCGAAUCCGCGAGCCCAGAGACUGUUCAAAUACAUGAUAUUGGUCGGCUUCAUUGACUCCAAAAGAGCCUCUUUUCAAAGUGAGAAUCUCCUUUUACUCGUCGAUUAUUUGCCCGUUUUGGAAGAGUUGUUUUAUCAAGUAGGUCUGACUGUAAAUGUCAACAUUUGCAUUCAGAGGUGUGUGAAUCUAAUGGGGAAUUUGAGUCGUCGCAGAUUGAUUCUGAAUCCUGAGGAAGGUGGAAUCCCGUUGAUUGGACUAAUCGACAAAUAUCUUGACGUUCAUCAUGAGAUCAAGCUGCCCGGGGAAACAGCGGAAAAGAAUCGGAACGCGGUAGUCGAUGAACUUGUCGCCAAUUUAUGCUCCUCUGAUGUUAUCGAGAUGCUAUGGGAAUCGUUUGGCAUCUGUGUCCAGAUCUCUGAAGAACUGGGUCCGUGCAUUCAAACAAUCUUGUGUCUGGUGGAUGGUUACACACCUCUAUUGGCACUACAAUUGCCCAGAUUUGCUUUCGAAUUAGUGUCUUGUGAUUAUGGAAAGGUAAAGUAGAAAGCCUUCGUUUAAAAAUUUUUGUAGACUCAUCUUCUACAUCACCAGAUCUCAAGGGCUCUGGCCCGUCUUCAUACCCCGUAUGCCAUCUCCUCACUUAAAGUGAGCGACCACAAAAGGCAUCAGAAGCUAAUCAAAUGCCAGCUUUUCCCGCUAUUCAAGACCCAUAUAACUCCUCCCGACACCCUUGGUCCUUAUAUCAAGGAAGUCAUGUCCACCAUGAAUGCAUUCAAAAUCUUUGGUCGUUGUUGA